AUGCUUCUACAAUAUCACAGUAGAAUGGGAACUCCCCUAUAUUAUUCCCCGAGAACAAAUAAUUUGCCAAAUUGGAAUCAGGGCUUCUUAACGUACGGAAAUGCCACCGAUUUUACGGAAGACAUGCAAUUGGCUAUUUCGCCGAGGAGUUACAACAAUUCCUCUUUUACCGAAUCGGACGAAGAGGGCGCCAUGUGCAUCGUGACAUCGGAAGACACGAACGGCGAGGAGGACAUCAUCAGCGUCGACGACGACGGAAGCGAAAACUUCGUCUGCAAAUGGGACGACUGCCAGAGACAAUUCGACACCCCCGAUAAUUUGGCACAGCACGUGACUACCCAACAUGCGACUGCGAGCAGAGGCGGCCAAUAUUUUUGUCAUUGGAAGGAUUGUCCACGGAGCGACAGGGGAUUCAAUGCAAGGUAUAAAAUGUUAGUACAUAUUCGUACACACACCAAAGAGAAGCCGCACAGGUGCACAAUUUGUGAAAAGCGGUUUUCACGGGCUGAGAAUUUGAAAAUUCAUCUGAGGUCUCAUUCUGGGGAAAGACCCUACGUUUGUCCAGUCAUGGGCUGCAACAAAGCCUACUCGAACUCCUCGGAUCGUUUCAAACACACCAAGACCCAUUCAACGGACCGCCCAUACUUCUGCAAAAUCCCAGGAUGCAACAAACGCUACACGGAUCCAUCGAGUCUUCGAAAACACGUCAAGACAUUCAAGCACCACACCAGCCAACCACCAGAGACACCACCAGAACCAAAACCCAGACAAGAACCACCCAAUAAACAAACCAACGAAAGACUCCAGAUACCCAAAGACAACAACCUAUUACCACCGCCAUCUAUGGAUGGCAAGAAGUCUUGCAAUUGUAGUCACGAGUGUUUCGAGCAUUUGCAAAAGGCUUCGGAGAUUUUCAAAAUUGGGGCUUUGUUGAAUCAGGAGUAUUUCGAGAAAGGGGGAAAUAGUAAAGAAGUUGAUGCUAUGGAAGUUGCUGAUGUGCCUUUGGAUUUAUCGAUACACAAAUAG